AUUCAAUAGAAAUGAUCAUCUCAACAGUUCUCUUCGGAAUUGCUCUGUGUUUGCCUUUAGGUAAUGGACAAGUGACAAGCCCAGGUCGAUGCCCGAGGAUUCCAACCGUGCGUCCGUUUAAUGUUAGACGCUAUCUCGGCACAUGGUUCGGAUUUGAACGUUUCUUUUUAAGAGGAGCGGCGGGAACCACGUGUACAAGUCCGGUAUACAGCCUAAAUAGAGACAGGUCGAUCCACGUCCUCAACAGGGGUAUUGUUAUAAGAACAGGAGAAGCCACAAGUAUAGAGGGAGUAGGCGUGGCCUUAAAUCCACGUGAUCCUGCACGUAUUUCUGUCAGAUUCAAUCCUAAUGAACCCUUUGACCCAGAUGGGAACUACCUAGUAGUUAAAACAGAUUACGUCAGUUUUGCUGUGGUAUAUUCCUGUGAUCAAAAUGGUCCCUUCAAAUCUGAAACCGCUUUCAUCCUUCGCAGAAGGCCAAUAAAUCCAAGUAGAAGAUUACUCCUAAAGAUAUAUAGUUUUCUCAGAUUUUAUGGAGUAAAUCCGAGGAAUUUCAUACGGACGAACUUCCGACAGUGUCUUGCGAUUAACGCUUACAAGCGUUUGAACCAAGCGACAAUGAACAAAUAAAAAUAGUACAGAAUUCAAAUCAAAUUAUUUAUUUUA